AUGAAAUCAUGCUUCAGUAGGUGCAUAGAAGAGUCAAAAAACCUUAUCAAGAUCCAAAGCAUAGAUAGAAUAUUCAGGCGAUCAUCAGACCACAAAAUAGCAAACAUCUGCCAUCUCACGUGCCUUAAAGCAACAAGCAGCGGAAACAUAAAGAGAAAUGGCAGAUGGGGCUUCCAGCCUGUUCUUGGAAUGACCGAGUUCUUUUCCGUACUCUUCUCAUUUGCAAACCUCAUAACAAAUAUAGUCUGCUUUAAUAAGGUUCUGAAGAAGCAUCUCAGAAUGUCGCGCUUUGGAAAAUUGUACUACAUACAGUAUUACAUAUGCAACCUUGCAUUCAUAUCAAGCACGCUCUUCCAUAUACACGAAAACACAUUAACAAGAAACUUUGACUACUUCUUUGCAUUCCUUACAAUUCUCUUUGGAUUCUACAUGGCGCUUGUCAGGGCAAUAUCAAUAGCGAGCCCGGGAUUUGAAAUCUCAAUACGAAGGCCAUUGCAAGUCAUCUUUACCUCAUUCUAUUCAUAUCAUGUUUAUAGAAUGUCAAGCAUAGAGUUCGAUUAUGUAUACAACAAGAUUUCAUGCAUCAUCAUCAUUGGCCUGACUUUGGUCUCUCACAUGGCAAUAUUCAUCAAGUACAGGAAGCAUUCGCAUUCAAAGCAUAUUCUUUUGUUUACAUUCUUCUUCUUCCUUGCUGGUGCAAUAGAGAUUCAGGACAUCCCCCCUUAUGCAUACCUGAUUGACUCGCAUGCCAUUUGGCACCUCGUGUCCUGUGUGUCCACUCCCUUCUAUGUUCUCUUCUGGAGCGGAGACGUUUACAUGCACUAA